AUGAUGAAGAAUUCUGGCUAUGCUCACUUAGUAAGACAAAAAGGACUUACAGCUUAUAAUAUUUAUAUUACAAUAAGUAGCAUAUUUUCUUAUAUAAUUUUUUUGAGUGUUCUCUCCUUAGUUCUUGACAUUAAGCUGGCCAUCAAUGUUUCUUUUUUGUUAAAAAUGGUACUGAGUUCAAUUUUGCCAAGAUGUCAAGGCGGAGGAUAUAAGGUUUACAUAUAUUCAAGUAAAUUGGUAAUACACCAGAUAAACAUCAGCCACGCCGGAAAUCAAAAUCGCCUGUGCAUUGAUUUCAAUUACAUUAUUGGUCAAACCCAAAGAUGCCACUUCCAUUGCAUAUAUGUAAUUCGCAGUAAUAUUUUUCAUGUACCCAGAAUUUUUGAUAACAUAUCCCUAAGAAAUUGGCCAUUCAGUAAUUAUAAUACAAACGCUUAA